ACACAUCCCCAACGUUCCGUGAAAGCCCGUGAUUUGCAAUCUCACGAAAAUGUGAACGUGUGUGCCCGUGUGUGCACGGUGCGUUGCUGUUGAUAAUAGACCACAAACGGAACGAAAUUCUGUGGUACCUACGUUCUAGCGGUGCUCUCACCCGAAGGUCGAGUUUUUGGCCAGGCAACUGGCAAACAAGGAACGUUUUACUCCCUUUUCUGGGUCUACAGCGAUGUGUCACAAGUGCAUCAAAGACGAAUAUCCCACCAGGGACCGCAUGGUUUUGGAGAGUGGCAGCUUCAUACAGAACCUAUUGGCCUGCUCAGAGUGUGGCACCCGGGACAUCAAGAACGCUGACAAACAUGAGCAAGAGGAUGAGGAUGGCACAGAAGUCAUCACAUUCUCUCACCGGUGCUCCGGCUGCCGGCACGUGAUCGCCAUACACCGGCACACAUUCGCGGUGGAGGACGGGUACCAGGAGUACGCCAUGGAGUGCAGUCUGUGCGGCCACGCGCAGGACUCGCACUGCGUCCUCCCGGACGACCCGCGACACAGCCUGCAGGCGCAGCUGUUGUAGGCAGCGAACGCUGUGUGCUGAACCUGCAGAGGAACACCGUGAACCCGAUGUGCUGCUGACUGCCGAGUGGGAAAGGCGUAGUGAGCACACGAUGGGAGACGUGAGUGUAGCUUUGCCGUGUCUUUGCUAAAACACCGGCCUUACAGGUGCUCAAUAAGCGUAGAGGUGAUCUCCAUUUGCUCAGCCUCAUGAACGUCAUGUCGUCAUUGUUUUGUGAUCUGUUGGGUAUUAUGCCUUCCCAUCAGUCUUUUGAGCGUUGCUUUUGCAAUCGUGAUAGGGUCGACGGUUGUGCUUGUCACCAUAUAUGAUGUCGAAUAUUUAUAGUUGCUGAGAGCUAUCGAUAGCUGACACUUCCAGGAGUCUAAAAUAUGUGAAAAGUGACGCAUUCAAAGUGCGUACUAGUCGCACAGUGGUUGAGCUCUUCAACUCUCGCGUAAUUGUGGUACUGUAUGGUUUUUGCCAAACGUGACUGAGUGUUCCCUUACAAGCCGAGUAUCUAGAAGUUAAUUGUUCCAUUGGUAUUUAAUAACUACCAUCGAUUAAUAUAUCAGGACUUUUGUCUAACAA